CUCGGGCCUCAACGUACCCUCUGUAGAAUGGGAACAAUGAUGUACCUACCCCAGAGGGUUGAUGUGAAGACAACAUGAGUUAACAAACUUAAAUGAGCAUCUGGAAUCAGACUCGAGUUCAAACCUGGGCUCUGCCCCGUCCCCACGGAGGGAGGCCUCAGGUUCCCCCUCUGGAAAGAGACAGGAUUCUGACACCCUCAGGGACUGUUUAAAGACUCAGCUGCUUCUUAUCACGACUUCCAUUUAUCACGUGCUUGCUGUGCGCCAGGCUCUGGGUCGGCCUGCUCCCUGCCUCGGUUCGCUCAUCUGUUACAUGGAGCUAGAACAUAGGAAGACUAGAAUCUGAGAACAUGGGUCGGGCCUCCUGCCCAGGGCCCGGCAGGUGCCCAGGAUUAAAAGGCUGCGAGCCAUGGUGAGCUGUGUCCUUACUUAUCCCUGUGAUCACAGUGGCUGUGAUUUAAAGAAUCAAGCACAAGUCUUGGUACACAGCAGGCACUCAGUAAACGCUCUCUUUGGAACUAAAUGAACCCGGGCUCUCAUCCUGGCUCAGGGGACCUUGGACAUGUCACUUUCUCUUCCUGAGCUUCGGUUUGCCCAUCAGAAAAACAGGCUCGCCUGUGUGCCUUGCACUCGGCGGGCAUGGCACCCAGCGCCCGGCAGAGCAGACAAGUUCACGGCCGGGAUGAUGAAGGUUGAUCUGAGCAUCCUUCCCUCGGCAGGGUGGCAGUGUCCUCACUCCCCGGCAGGUCGGCGGGUCAGCGGCCAGCCUGCCCCUCGAAUUGUGACAGCGCUCCCCCAGCUAUGACCUCACGCUCGGAGCGGCCUGUGGGAACCCUGGGUGGGGUCUGUGAGGUCACCCCAUUCCGCUCCGCAAAGACUCUUGUCGGGCAGCAGCCGCUGGCUCGCCUCCGUCCCAGGGGAGUUUCAGAGACCCGAGGACUCGAGAGCCGCGGCCACGACGGAGCUUCCAAGAGGGACGCAGAGUGCUGGCAACCGAGGACACACCAGGGGCUGAUCCUGGGACGCCAGAACCGGGGCACAAGCCUCGUGCACGUGAGGAGUGUCGUUCAGCCGUUCCGGGAGGCCCAGGAAACCCACGGCCUGGCUCGGGCACCGUCCCCGCCGCCAGGCCACCAUGGUCCUCGGCUGGCUGCUGCUUCUGGUGAUGGCUCUGCCCCCAGGCACGGCGGGCGUCAAGCACUGCGUCUUCUGUGAGCUGACCGACUCCACGACCUGUCCCGGCACCCACAUGCGCUGUGGCGACGACGAGGACUGCUUCACAGGCCACGGGGUGGCCCCCGGCGUGGGCCCCGUCAUCAACAAAGGCUGCGUGCAGGCCACCUCGUGUGGCCACGAGGAGCCCAUCAGCUACAUGGGUGUCACCUACAGCCUCACCACCGACUGCUGCACCGGCCACCUGUGUAACGGGACCCCCGACCCCACAGGCGGCCAACUGGUGGGGGCCACCACCGGCCUGGCGCUGGGCGUGCUGCUACUGCUUCGACAUUUGCUGUGACCAACCUGGAGGGCAGGGCCCAGGACUGGUCUCCCGGCUGCGCCACUCCUCAUGCCCCCUGCCUCCAUCCCCUUCCCCCAUUAAAUGGCCAGAGGCCCUGGACAACCUCUUGUGGCCCUGGCCUCAUCCAUUCUAGGGCUGUCACCAGAGCCCAGUGCUCAGCGAAGCAUCCUCAGGCCUGAUUUAGUGGUGGGGAACCAUGCCCGAUGGGUUUGACUGUACUACUGUAUUUCAUUGGUUCUAAGAUGCGUAUCUUUGCAGAUUUUCAUCAGGAUGCUUCUUUUCUUUGGUGGCACCUUAGAGUCGAUGAAAUAUGGUAAAAAACAAAAACAGAAAACAACUAAUAAUAAAUGACACCUGAAGUUUAUGGAGCACUUCUUA